AACCCAUCCGACCCGCGUCGUACAACCCAUCCGACUCCGAAGCAUGGCGUUGCUGCAACCUGAUGCGGGAGUGCUAGACCUGUUUCGUGCACUGGACGGAUUUCACAAGGCUUAUUGGAGGAGCAGCCAUGAACCCGUGGCCAGCCGUGCGGUGACGAAGCUCCGACAACCUUUGGUGGAACUCGUGGGCCUGGCGGUGGUGAAUGUACUCGAGGAGAUGCGAUCAGGACUGUCGGAUCCACGAGUGCAAUGGGUCGGCGUCAGCUUUUUGAGAGCUGCCCUACACGACUCCAAUGGCACCACCAAAGAUAUCAUUCAGAGAGCCGGUGUCCUUGACGUGCUGGUCCGAGUCAUGACGAGCCAUGCCAGCACGGAGCACUUGCUGGCGGAAGCUUUGGCGGUCCUCGACGAGCUCCACGGGCUGCCGGCUCUGCUGCAAGCGUUGGACCACCUGCGCAGUAGCCCAGCUGCCUCCAAGGCAGCGCUGGUGCAGAUCCGGAAUUCCGCUCGUGCGAGAUGGCAUGAGGUGGAACAGGCGGACAACUUUCAGAUGAUGCGGGUGAUCCUCAUGUCGCUUCAAGCGCAUCAAGAUCCUCAAGUGAUCCUCCUCGGCCUCCAGUUGUUGGGGGACCUGGCGGGUGAUCUUCCAGAGACACGCAGUGCCUUCUUUAACCUCGGUGGUUGGGACUGGCUCCUGCAGCUGCUCGAGUCGUGGGACCAACUGGAAAUCCAACAAGAAGGCAUCCGCAUGGUCUCGCAGCUUUGUAAGGGCGGCGCCUGCGGCGACGCCUUCGCGCCGCGCGUGGAGAAGGUCCUGCAGCGCUGCCUCGAGCGGUCGCAGCACGACGGGAAAGUCCUGUACUGGGGCUUGUGGGCGGUGCAGCAAUUGCACGGCGUGAAAAGUUUGUUGGCCACCUUGCAGUACAGCUGCUCCCGGGACCACUUCAACGAGAAGGUGGUUCAGUCAACCUUGAGAUCCCUGAGCGAUCUUGCCUGGGAAGGCGAUCAAGCUGGAUUAGAAUUGGUCGUAGAAGUGAUCCAAUCGGUCAUCUCUGCCAUGCGCAAGAUUGCCGACCAGGAUCCCAACAGCCACCUGCUGAACGACGGGGCCUUUACUUUGGGAAAAGCCGCGCAAAUUGCGGCCUGUGAGAAACAUGAGGGAAUUCCUCAACUCAAGGAGGCGGCCCUCCAUUCGUCCAACAUCUUGCUCGAGCUCAUGAGCAUGAAGGUCCAAGAUGCUGCUCUUUGCCGCACAGUGCUUGAGGCGCUGGGUGAGCUUUUAGAAGCUUCGGGGCGUCCUUCGGCAGUACGCUCCAGGAUUUGUGAGGGCUUGUUUGCAGGAAGCUGCGGCAAUGCAGGUUCUGGCGUGAUUGGUGCCGGCCUUCUAUCGAAGGUCAGCGCGGAGCAUGCAUCCAACACGAAACUGCAGGUCAGAGAGAUGAGCAUGAAUCAGAGCUGCUAUGGUGUGCAACUGGCCGCGCUGCGGGCAAUCGCCGCCAUCUUCUAUCAGCUCGAGGCCAAUAGCGAUUCAGUGGAGUUGGCGGCGCGGGCUGCGUGCAUUCCAGCAGUGCUUGCAGCUAUGGCUUCGUUCCCGGAGAAUCUGGUGAUGUGGAAGACGGCCUGCUAUACCCUGAAUGCGGUUGUCCAGCACGGCUUGGACCACAUCGUGCAGAAGGAACAGCUGCUGUCCUGUUUGCAAGGGGCUGCCAAGGCCUUGAGCAUUGCCCAGGGCCAGGAGCAUCGGAGCAACUAUCGGGAUGAGGCGUCCUACCUGCGGGAGGAGGCGGUGAAACUCAUUGCUGCGGUUUGCAUCACCUGCCCGGACUUCCGUCUUCAUUUAGGAGACUGCAAGGUGCCCUUGGCACAAGCCCUGGAGGCGGCCGUGGACCGAUUGCAGGAUGAUCCUGAACGGCUGGCCGAAGAAGUUGAGGUGUUGCAGCACAACUUGAUCGCUUUGGUCUACAUUAGUGGUCCAGAAGAAAUCCUGGUGCGAUGCUUACAAAGAUGGGGAGCAAAGUCCUCCCUGGUUCGUGCCUGUGCCGACGUGGUCGCCGAAUUGGUGCGACGGAAUGCACCCAUGUGUGAGGAGAUGCAACGGGGGCCCGUGAACGCGGAACUCGCAGCCGCAGUCCAGGCGCACAAGGACGAUGUCGAGUUGCAAUCCUGUUUCGAGCUCGCCUUGGGCUUCCUGCGACCGCCAAAGACGCUGUGACGCGAGUCGCGUUCGCCGAGUAGCCCAGGCAGUAGCCCAGGCAGUAAGGAAGGAACC